UAGGAUAUGACAUCAUAGCAACAUUUGUAAACACACUGAAAAAAAAAGCGUCGUCCCAAAAAAAAAAAUCAAAAAAUCAAAAAAUAUAAUUCUAAAAAAGUAAUCAAACAUAGGAACAACCUUGUUGAUCCAAAAAAAUGUAUCUCCAACAUGGCUAACAAAUCCCAAGGCCUCUUAUGUCCAUGCAAGCCUUGUUUUUGCAUACUUGAACAAACUGUUAACCACAUGUGGUCUCCUCUAAUGGGGGUGGAGUUGGCCGCACCCACUUCAACAAUCAAGUCAAUUGGAGAAGAAAGAAUAUAUGAGUGUGGGGAGCUUUAAACGUGAGCUUUCAAUAUAAAAAGAGAGUCGGCUUUAGGAACUAACAAAUAGAAUAGUAAUAUGGAAAAGUUACAGUGUUAGAAUCUAAACUUACAUUACAUUUGAAAUGACAUUAAGUGUGAGCUUUUAUAGUAAAAGGAGUUCAGCAAGAACCGUUGGAUGAAGAGGCACAUGACUGCAUCCGUGUAACUAGUCUCUUGUUGGAAACAUAAAUCGAUCGUAAGCAUUACAAUACCACAUUUUUUUUUAUCCAAAAUGCCUAGCUUGCAACUUUAGACUCAACCUAGUGGAUUUGAAGUGGCGACGACAACAAUGAAUUGUCACAUCAAUCACAUACCAUAGAUUGUUUAAGAAAUCUUGUUCUUAAUUCACUUCACAGUUUCUCCUCUACUGUGGUUCGGCUCAUCCUCAUAGGGUUAGCUAGUGGAGGGUCAAUAGACAUAUUGGCUCGACCACCCUAAAGAGGUUCAGCCUGGCGGUGAUUUGUGUGGCCCCAUGGUUGCUAGCCAAGUAGGACAUUUGGGGGUCUUAUAGAUGAGGCAUAACAAACCUUACAAUGGAAUUUCUUGAAAUUAGGCCCGGCCCUGGGACCAAGCCACCUAGGCGAACGCCCAGGGCCUCCAGAUUUCGGCUUGGGCCCAGGGCGUCCAAAUUCAGCAGAUUCUCACAAUUAAACCGUAUCUGUUUCAAAUGGCAAAAGGUAAUCAAUUAGACUUCCAGCUCCCGCUUCCAAAAUUUCCAGCACCAACUGACCAAAUCUGCAGUGGAAAAUCCCAAUCUCCGCCUCUCGCACACCGGAUUCCUUUUUUUAUGUCAUAUCAGGGAGUAUCUGAGGAGUUGGAAGGUCAUCAUUUGCCGGGACAUGCUGCAUCAAUGGAUUUAAAUAUGCAUCCUUCGACUUCAGGAAAUUCUUGUACUAUUUCUAGUGAUGCUUUGCUGAAAAUCCAGGUAUAUGAUGCCCGUGUGCUAAUUUUACCAAUGAGAGUAGAUAGACAUACAGUGGCUCUCAAAUAUAGUCAUGCCUCAUUCUGUUGUUUGUUUAUAAGUUCAAAAUCUGAUUUUGCGAUAAGCUUUAAAUUACUAGCUGAGAUUCACGUUAAUUUACUUUUAAAUGUUUCCAUGUUUUCUUAAAUAAUUAUUUGAUAUUGUUGGGUGGGAAGGAAAUAUUGGGUCCCUUGUUGCUGGGAAGAGGGAAAGGGAGAGACUAGAGACUAUAGUUAAUGCAGUCCUUUCUUAAAGUUUUGCUACUAUUAUGGCAAAGAAUUUUUUUUUUAUCUUUGGAGUUGAAACUGAUGUUCAUUAUUUGAGUUGUUUGAUUACUAAUAAUGCAUCUCAAAACGUGAGAAUACUAAAUAUAAUGUAUGCUAGUCUAAUCUCUUGGGUUGUAAGUGAUAUUUUAUUUAGCAAUUCUAUCUUUUAGAUUGUACAAAAUUUUCAUUUAAAUACCUAUCAAAAAAAUA